AUGGCGAGUCUUGUGGCGCCUGAUGAGUGGUCUGUUGCCAACGGAAGCAGUGUGGGCAGCCCCUCCCUUUCGCCAGGUGAACCGCCGCAGCUUGACAAAUCUCCUCUGAAAGGCAAAAGGUAUCGGCAUGGCUCCCUUGCAGACCUUGUUUCCCGUCGCAAUCUUCCACCGGGGCCGAAAGACUUAGGAGAGCUUGUCAGCUACCCACAGGAUGUGCUGCGGGUGCUUUUCUCUGAUGCAGACCGAGCCCAUCGUUGCAUCAGCUUGCUCUCCAAGGGUCUGACCGAUCAUUCCGAUUAUUCAGGCAUUGCGGCUGAGCGUGAAGCUAAGCGACUUCUGCUUCAGGUUCUAGCUGAGCAGUACUGUGUGAGUGUGGACUAUGAGUACAAGAAGUCGUGUGACAUUGAUCCAUGCUGCCAGCAAGUCCUGUGCCACAUGUCUGCUUGUCUGGACAAUAACGAGUCUUGCGUCUUUGCUGACAUUCGAGAUCAGAUUCCUGAGGAAGGCCGGACCUUCUGCGAGGAGCUGGAACCAAGCCCCACAGACACUUGGUUGUCUCGUGAGGAUGUAGAAAAGCAUUACGGUGACAUCAAAGCCUUUCUGUUGAAGAGCAGUGACUGGCUGGUGAACGAGGAUCAUCGAGCAUACUGCCUGGUGCAUGACAAACAUUGCGUGGUCAACAAGCCACGCUGCACCCUUCGAAAUCCAGAGUCGCUUGUGAUCGCGAACGCCGGGAACUGUUGCCAAGGCUGGAGUUCCGAGGGAAAGCGAGCAAGGGGUGCCCACCUGUCACAGGUUCCACUAGCGAUGUGGGUGUGCCAGCGCAAAGCACUUGCUGCAAACGGCCAAGAGGACAUGUUCUUCCAAGAGUGUACUCCGUUGUUUGAUAUACAGGAGCAUUUGAUAAGCCCCCUUGAGUCCACGCAUCACGUUGUGCAAGUUGUGGCCGGGCCACGGCUUUUGGGGUGGCCAGCUUCGCGAGAUCGCCGCCUCUCCGCAGGGCUUAGCCUUGAGUCCCUUGUGUGGGUAGGGCCCACCACAGCAGAAGCAAUCCAGGCAGAUUUUGAGAGUUUGUUUGCACGGCGGCCGCAGCUCAACGGCAGCAUCUUCCUCCAGGAGGAUGAAGGACUGGUGGCUGAUUGGUGCUCGGAGCAGAUGCAGAGGAGGUCUUGCUUCUUUGAUCAGGUCCCUCAAGGCAAGCAUCUUUUGCGUGCUGUCCUUCCCCCAGGCCAGCUUCAACGGGCAGAGCAGUAUGAUGCAGAGAAGAGCAAACAUGCAGGGCUGGAUGGAACCAUGUUCUGUGAUGUUGAGCACUGGUUGCAUAGCCCGGGGCCUGAUUGUGGCCCUAUGCUUCCGUGCCUGCUCACCCAUGGCACGAUUUUGGAGUUGAGCAGGUACAGAUUUGUCAUGCCGUCCGAACGAUUCUUGUCCCUGGGGUUCCACAGCAUAGCCGGACUAAGCGACACUUAUGCUUGGCCGCUUGCAGACUUCGUCCUUGCUCAGUCGGAACGCACUGUGAAGCAUCAGGCUGGCAACAGCCAGUCCUUGCCUGCCAUUUUGGCGUGGCAUUGCUAUGUACUUUGCAACACGAUUAGGCGAGAGAAAGGCAGCAUUUCCCAGAUCGGCUCUGCUGAUCGUGAGGAUGAAGAUGAUGCUGGCAGUGAGGUUUCUUUAGCGGUGGCACGUAGGCUAGAAUUUUAA